AGGGACUGAUCACCAGAGGUGCAACAACAACCAUGAAGGAGUCUAAGUGGAAUGCACCACAGAUUUUACCUUUAACAGAUGAUGUCAAAUGCUUGGAUCGCCAUAUGGAGACUGUUAAAAGCAGUGCUGAAAGAAUGCUGAGGUUGACUCCAACUCCAUACAGCUAUGCAAUGCUUGCCAAAGUGACACUUGCUCAAGUGAUCAUUUUUAACAGAAGAAGAGAAGGAGAGGUAUCAAGAAUGGAGGUGUCCACCUUUAAAGACAGAAAAAAGUCAGAAAUCAAUAUGGACAUGGCUGCUUGUCUGACCUCACUUGAGAAAAAAAUGUGUGAUUUCUUCACCAGAGUAGAAAUCCGUGGAAAACGAGGGAGAGGAGUUCCUAUUCUCCUGAAACCAUCAAUGGUCUCUGCAAUGGAGCUCCUUGUGGAAACUCGUGAAUCUUGUGGCGUCCCCAAAGAGAACAUUUACAUGUUUGCUAGACCAGGAGCUUUAUCUGCCUAUCGAGGAAGAGACUGUAUCCAAAUGUUUGCAAAGGAGAGUGGAGCAAAACACCCUGAAAUCUUAACAUCAACAAGGCUCCGAAAACAUAUAGCAACAAUGUCUCAGGUGCUUAAUCUUCAAGAAAAUGAAGCAGAUCAACUAGCAGACUUUCUGGGUCAUGACAUACGUGUGCACAGGCAGUAUUACCGUUUGCCUCAGGGAACACUUCAGCUUGCUAAGAUGAGCAAAUUGCUUUUGGCACUGGAGAAUGGAACUGUUUCACAUUAUAAAGGCCAAACACUUGAUGAUAUUGAAAUUUACCCUGAAGAAAAAGUUGAUCUGGGAAAUUCAGAUGGCUCAAGCGAUGAGAGUGAGCCUCUUCAAUCAGCUCUGGAGGCAAUAAAAACACCAGAGAAUGAGACAAUGGAUCAGGGUGGAGACAGAGGGCCAUGGACUUCUUCAUCUCCAGGGACGUCUUCAUCUCCAAGGACUUCUUUCAGUCCUCCUUUGAAAAAGGGCAACCGAGUUAACGCCAAAUGUAAGUGGGAAGCUCAUGAGGUACGUGCAGUUGAAAGACACAUGAUGCGUUUCAUCAACACAUGCAAGGUGCCUCAGAAGCUGGACUGCAUUCAAUGCAUCAAUGCAGAACCCUAUGCACUGAAAGACAGAAACUGGACUGGAGUGAAAAAUUAUGUUAGAAAUCGCAUUACUGCCUUAAAAAGAAAAGCUUGUGCAAAGGACUGAGGGCUGUCUGUUUGUGAUUUCAGUGAGUUAAAAUUUCCUGUUUCUCUGGUAAAAUGGUUCUGAAGAUGUUUUGAAGACGUUGCACUCCAAAAAUUUCAGGUUCAGUAAUUUUGUUACCUAAGACCUUUUCUCAUUCUGAGAGGAAAAAACAAAUCUUUUCAAGUUGACAUUUUGUUCUUAACAUGGUUUUCAUUGUGUCCACUUCACACUGUACGAAAUGUAUUUGGAAUCAAAGUUUUUUACAUUUGCGGUUAGAAGCACUUAAUGAAUUGUGCAGAUAUUUUGCUGUUUCUUUGUUGCUGCAAGUUCCUGUGUAUACAUGAAGUGCAUGUAAAUUGCUAAAAACAACACGGUAGGAAUAAAAGAAGCAGAAUAUUUAAAUGUUUCUGUGGUACAAUUAGUUGUGAUUUCUUUCAUAAUAAGUACGGUAAUGACCUGACUUUGAAGUUCUGGCAAAUCCAUUGGAUUCUGUCAAGUUAGCAGACCUAAUUGCAAUGAAUAUUGUUAGGUUGGGUUUUAACAUUGUGACAUUGAGCA